AAAAUAGUUAUUAGGCCUGGGAUAUGCCUUGGGUAAGAAAAAAUUUCAUUUAUUAAUAUAAUAUUUUAUGAUAAUAACACUAAAUACAACUUAGCCUAGUUGUUAGAACUUUGAUAUAUGUACUUGAGGUUUCGGGAUCAAAUUCUAUACUAUGCAAUUUCUUAAUUUUUUUUUAUUAUAUGUGGAUUACAUGAAUUAAAACUCUCUACGAAGAGCGUCACGUGGCACAGUUUCUUGUUUUCGCACGCAUUAUAGAAAUAUUGGCAUGUGGACGUUUGUUUAGUAAUUAAACUGUCACUUGUUUAUAGUCAUGGAAAAACUAAUGAAAAGAAUAUUUAAAUUUUGCAAAUUGCAAUGUUUAAACAUUGCAUAGAUCCCUAUACGGAGAUAGUGCAAAAUACAAGUAGAAUUUUUUUAAAAGAAUGGUCUCCAAGACACAUCUUCGAAAGGCACCAAGAUACUCAGGUAACAUGCAGAGCCUACAUUUACUAAUUUUUAUCAGCAGUUUCAGAGGAUGCAUUUUGGCAAGUUGCGAGUCAACCCAAGCUGAAACAAAGCACAUCACACAGAGAAAAAAAAAAAACAGCGUAAGAGAAAGAAGAAGUCAUGUCUUGUGAGACCUACAAACAUAUUUUCAUUCUCUCAGGCCAAAGCAAUAUGUCAGGCCGAGGAGGAAUUAUUAAAUACUCCGAAACUGACCAGCAUUGGGAUGGUGUGAUUCCACCAGAGUGUCAACCCCACUCUUCAAUCCUCCGCCUCAACGCGCACCUCUGUUGGGAGUUGGCGCGUGAACCUUUGCACGCUGAUAUCGACACACGUAAGGUUUGUGGGGUGGGACCUGGCAUGCCCUUUGCCAACGCGCUAAGGGAGCGUGUGUGUGGUACUCUUGGACUCGUUCCUUGCGCGGUAGGUGCGAGUGCAAUUAGCGAGUGGGCGCGUGGUACACCGUUGUACAUGAGUAUGGUGAAGAGAGUUAAAGUUGCUGUGAAGAAAGGUGGGGGUGAGAUUAGUGCAUUGUUGUGGUAUCAAGGAGAGAGUGAUACUUUGACAGAGCGUGAUGCGGACGCGUACAAAGUAAAAAUGGAGAAGUUUAUUUGUGAUGUUCGGAAGGAUCUUCAUUUGCCGUUGCUUCCAAUUAUUCAGGUCGCACUUGCAUCUGGAGUGAACGAAAGUUACAUAGAGAAGGUAAGAGAAGCACAACUUGGGAUCAAACUACACAAUGUGUUAUGUGUUGAUGCCAAAGGGUUAAAGCUCAACGAUGAUAAUAUACAUUUAUCGACUGAGGCCCAAAUUCAGCUAGGUCAAAUGAUGGCUAAUGUCUACCUUCACAAUCUUAAUCUUCCCUUGUCAUAGGUUGUAUGCCUAUAUGUAAUGUGUCAUGUGUUUGUUCAAUUAUGAAAAUGUUCACUAUUUUUAGUCCCAAUCAGAUGAUUGAAAAUACUAAGUAGAUCUCUUCAUAAGUGUUUUACCUAAAUCGUUUACUUCUUUUGUGUUUUC